CAUACGCGCCUGGAAGAGCUUGGAAUCAGUUCGAACAAUUUUUCAGAGGACAAUGAGAUUUGGCAUUCUAGAGUAAUUCAGUACUGGAAGCACUUGAAGUUCGAGAUACAAAAGGAUUCCUUUCGAAACGUUAUGGAUAUGAGUGCUAACCUUGGUGGAUUUGCAGCAUCUCUGAAGAAAAAGAAUGUCUGGGUAAUGAAUGUAGUUCCUUUCACGGAAUCUGGAAAGCUGAAAAUUAUAUAUGAUCGUGGUUUAAUGGGGACUACCCAUGACUGGUGUGAAUCAUUCUCGACAUACCCGCGCACCUACGACCUCCUUCACGCCUGGCUCCUGUUUUCUGAGAUAGAGAAGCAGGGAUGUAGCCUGGAGGAUCUUCUGAUCGAGAUGGACCGCAUCCUAAGGCCUUAUGGUUACGCCAUCAUCAGAGACAAAGUUGAUGUCGUUACCUACAUCAAGAAACUUUUACCAGCGCUAAGGUGGGACGAUUGGACGUUUGAGAUGAGGCCUAAGAAAGAUGCGCUCACGAAAAUAUACAUCAUCUGA